CGCCUGCCGCCUGCCGCCGGCGGAGGCCGCAGGGGUGCCUCAGCGUAUGAGGCUCAGGUUUAGUAAGAGCCGCGGGGGUCGGAAUGUCGUCUCUAAGUUAUCAAUGAAGAGCGGGGCGGCUGCGCAGUGGAGUGCGUGGGCGGCAGUGGGCGGGGCGUGUCGCCGAGCCAAUGGGAGGGCAUGGCUCCUCGUCCACAUAAUCGCGGGACGUUCGGCGGGUAGGAGCGACUUCAGUCAGUGUGUGAGGGCCCUUGGUGAGCGGCAACCAGCACCAGCCUGCACUCCCUGCCCGCCUCACACGCCGCCCGCCGCCUCACCGCUCCUCCUCACCUCUCCGCGGCGGCCGCAGCAGCACCUCGCCAGCCCUCGCCUGCAGCGGCAGCAGCAGCGGCGGCCACCAGUCCGGGGCAGCGCGCCUUCCUCCCUCACCCUGGGCCCUUCGGGUGCACGGCAGCGUUCGGGUGCCCUUCCUCCCUCCCUGUCCCUCCUGUGCUCGGUGGCCCCUGCCAGGCAGGCCAGCCCGCUUCCCCCCACGUCCCCGCCCCACAACACCACGGCCGCCCCCCAGCCGCCCCACACACUGACCACGGGGGCCCACCGCCGCGCCAGGCCGGCACCACCACCCACGCCCUCGUCCUCCCCCACGCCUACUACACUGUCGCCACACACACACGUGUGUGCAUGGCGUGCCGGCAGUGACCGGGGCCCCAGGAUGCUCGGCGGUCUGCUGGCGGCUGCCCUCUUGGCCCUGGCGGGGCUGGCCUGCGCCCACCCUGACACGGACGCCACGGACGCUCUGGACGUGGGCGUCAGCAAACGUGACCUCGAGUUCAACCAGUAUGUGCCGGGCUACAGGCGGCGGGGCGAGCCGUCCUGCGAGGAGCUGCGGGAGAUGUGGCGGCUGAGCAAGCGGGAGGCGCGGCGGGCCACCACCACCAACCAGCUGCCGCGCCGCACGCAGCACCCCACCUACGGCAGGCUCAUCCCCUUCGCGCCCGAGGCCAAGCCAUACUCCAUGGCCAUCUACGGCACCCAGAGGCCUUACCUCCCCGCCAAAGGCCACUCGCCCAGCCCCUUCGACAAGGUGCGCUCCCUCCUCGGCCCGGGAGACCGACGCAACAGGUUCAACCAACUGCGGCGGAUGGUGGCGGCCACGCGCGGCCCCAACCAGUCCUCCAAAGGCAGCAUGGACAACCUUAUAAGGAUCAUGGCCUCCGAGGGCCCCGACCCCCGCCCCGUGGCCCUCGCCCUCCGCGCCACCAAGGACGUGUACCCGCUGGGCCACAAGCCCCGCGGCGAGCCCCCCGCCAUGUCCCCCCGGAGCAUGCGGGGCGGCUCCGUGCAGUACAGCCAGCAGGGCUUCGUGGGGCCGCUGCUGCCCGCCGACUCCAGACUGCCCUCCUUCACGCCCUGGCAGCCCGCCGCGCCGGACCCCUCCCUGAGGUCCUGCGAGGAGGUUCAGUGGUCGUUCUGCCGCGCCAACUCCGACUGUUCCUGCGCCGGCCUGUACCGCUGUCACAAGGGGAGGUGUAAAGUGUCCUCCAAGCAUCCAGUGGUGGAGGACGCCCGGGGGUCGUGGUACGCUGGGCCCCUGGAGGCGAAGGACCUGGGCGUCUGGAGCAAGCGCUAACGUGCCCCGCCCGCCGCCACGCCCCGCGCCGCCGUCGAGGGCUGAAGAAGGAAAAUAGCAACACAUCCUGGUCUUCCUAGUCUUCUAAAUAUACAAGACAAAAGCGAUUCACCUUGUGUCGUGCCAAAAGGGGAAAUCGCCCCCCUACCUACUUACCAGCCCUCCUCCUCCUCCUCCUCCUCCUCCUCCUCUUCCUUCCCUCAAGUCAACUGUGUGUCACGAAGAUUGUCAGCUGUUAAAGUUUCAUAUCAAACCUUGAGAAGAGCAUAUCACGGCCACCAUAUCUCGUAAGGGGAAGAUUAUACUAGUCACCCUCCGUUGUUUGUGUACCGAUACCACGAUGAGGUCAACUAUAGAGGUCAUUAUACUUGCCGUCAAAAUCCUCUUCUCGCCUUGUCUUCCUUCUACCUCGUUUGGACUCCCUGUGUGUUUAUUUUUGUAUUGGUUUAGUCCUCCACUACACGCCGUCACCACCUCGUACCCCGUUUUCUUUCCCGUCGAUCUCCCGUUUUCCUUUUUACCAUCCCUGCGGUGUCGUCAUUGGCUGUCUCUGUCUAGGUUACGUGUGUUUUAGGGCAUACUCUAAUAUUUCUAAACACGGUGCUCCAAAGGUCAUCAUUUUCAUAAUUUCAUAGCUUUACUUAGAGCGGCAGGGGGGGGCUGGAGGGGGCCGCGCUCCCCGCCCCCAGCCCCCCCCCCCCCCUCCCGCUGCAAGCCACCCUCUGUGCGAUCACGAUGUUGUAUAUAUAUUUUGCGAUUCUUGUGAACAGAGAGUUACUUUAGAACAAUCAGUAUUAGAACUCAGAGCUUCCAGUUGAUUACACUAAGAGAGAGAGAGAGAGAGAGAGAGAGAGGCUGUCAUGUUUUAACUAUGCUGUAACUCUGUGAUCAGUGUCCUACCCUCCCUUCCUUCCCUCCCUCCCCCUCUCUCGCCCUCCUCUCCCUCCCUCCCUCGCCUCAACCCUCGCAGUCAGUGUGUUGAAGUCCCCCAUAUGUCCUACUCCGUUUUCCCUCACACUAAACAACACUUAGUCACGAUCAAUCACUUAAUUUAGCAACAGGUCAUUCCCCAUUCCGUAGUCACCCCCUCCCCGACCCUCUCUCCAUCUCAUCCCCACUCCUCCCCAAGCCCUAGGUGCCCCGAACAGCCCAUCCCCCGCCCAGUCUAAAGGCAGAACAGGCUGGUCAACGGAAGCCCCCCUCUCCCCCCUCCCCCCCUCCCCCUAUACUGAGAAGGCAGGCAUCAGUGCGGCGGUGAGCUUCAAGGGAGGGAGGACGGCGGCGCCUUCUUCGUCGACUUCAGGUGGGGGAUGCUCAGGGCGUUAGGGCUUCACCGGUUAGGGCUGUCGAUGUGCGCGUUCGGGCUUCCUCCAGCAGGCUUUUCAGGGCUUCCAGAUGCAAAAUUCCACAAAAUAUGCAUUCGGGCUUAGGCUUAUGUGAGGGUGUGUGUGUGUCUGUGUGUGGGUGUGUUUGCUGGAUGAAGGAUCGAGGAAAGGGCUUGUUGCUGGCUCUUAAGGGGACCGUUUAAAGGAAGUCGUUAUCUAAGGGAUCGUUUUAAAGGGGAUUUCAAGGGACGAGCAGAAAGGGUCCCGAUGUCUUUAAUUUUUGAGGAAGCCCACGCCGCCGCCAGCCCUUCCCCCCUCUCCCCCUUAUUAGAGAGAGAGAGAGAGAGAGAGAGCAAUCCUUAAUCUCAGUUUAUUGACAUACCCUUAAUUUAGAGAGAGAGAGAGAGUAAUUAAAAGACAGCAAAACCAUCAAUAAUCAAUCCCAGUUUAUUGCAACACGUAAUUACUUCGCUACAUGACCUUCAGAAAUAUAACGACCACUCCGUAAUUAAUCUGCGGACUAAUAACGUUGAUUUUAACUACAUAUUCAUUAGUUUAUUUAUAAUAUUCACUUCUGUCAUAUUUUAUUUUAUUGGCUGGUAAUUUUUCCUGACUAACUGAUAUUUGUAAGUACGUAAUCACUAUAUUUUUUUUCUUGUAAAGAAGAAAACGAGAAAAAAAAGAGAAAUUAGAGAACGAUCUGUCUUCUAAUCUCAUGUUUUUUGGUUCACUAUUCUUUUUUUUUUUUGCCUGAUAAAGAAGAAAAGCGAGAAGAAAACCAGAAAAUUUGAGAACGAGAGAACGAGAGCAGUCUUCUAAUUUCAUGGUUUUUGGUUCGCUAUUCUUUUUGUCUAGUAAAGAAGAAAAACGAGAAGAAAUAAACGAGAAAAAAUUACCAAACGAGAGAACGGGCUGUCUUUUAACUCGGUGGUUGUUGGUUCCUGGUAUACGUGUGUGUGUGUGUGUGUGUGUGUGUGUGUGUGUGUGUGUGUGUGUGUGUGACCCUUUCUUCCCCUUCCCCGCCCUCAUUCGCUAACUUCAAUCGUAGCCAAUUUAACUUCGACAACCGAUAUAAUGCGGUUUGACCCUCCCCCCUUCCCCUCCCUCACCCCCCCUCUACCCACCACCACAACCACCACCACUAUUGCAUGUCCUAUUGUACCACUACUACUACUACUACUACUACUACUACUACCACUACAAGUCUAAAGGUAUUCUAACUUAAUCACCUGAGAGAGAGAGAGAGAGAGAGAGAGAGAGAGAGAGAGAGAAAGCAAACAAUCAACUCACUUCAACACACCGAUUGCCUUCCUCUUCCUCCUCCUCCUCCCUUUCCUCCUCCUCCUCCUCCUCCGGCAGAUCAGUCGUCUCCUCCCCAAGUGUAUACUAGUUUAGAACACGAUACAUUCAUGAUAAUACAUAUAUAUUUUUAAGUUAAUUCACGUCUCUCGCUUAUGACGUGUGUGUGUGUGUGUGUGUGUGUGUGUGUGUGUGUGUGUGUGUGUGUAGGUUUAGAUGUAGCGGCGCUCGGAGUCACGUAUUAACUAGCGUUCUUAUUGCGAUGUGUUGUAAGGACGAUUUGGGCUUGUUCAGUGUUGUUCAUAUUUUCCUCUUUUUUCCCCUUUUUUUUUUGGUUCUUCGUCCCGGUGGGUUCGAACCGGCACCGGGGACAACCACACGUCUUCCUUACCUGUGCUUGUGUUGUUGUGCCGACCGACCAACCCGACAGACCCGACUAACCGACCCGACCGACACCCCGACUUACCGACCGCCUGGCUGGGCUCUUUUGUAUCCGUUUUCCAGUUUUGCGUUCUCGAAUUUUCACAUGUAUUGUUUUCACCUCGUUCGCCUCCUCAUCUUCUUCCUCUCUUUUUGAAUACAUAUCAGACUUAUCUCUUACUUCUAUCUUCGUUUCUUCCUCGUUUUCUUAUCUUCCUAUCUUUAUCUUGUUUCCUCUCUUUCUGACAUUUUGCAUUCACGGUUUCCUUCUUCUUCGUGUCCUCUCUCUCUCUCUCUCUCUCUCUCUCUCUCUCUCUCUCUCUCUCUCUCUCUCUCUCUCUCUCUCUCUCUCUCUCUCUCUCUCUCUCUCUCUCUCUCUCUCUCUCUCUCUCUCUCUCUGAAUACAUAUCAGACUUUCUUUAAUCUCUAUCCUCGUUUCUUAUCUCCUUUUCUUCCUUUUCUUAUAUUUUCUGCUCUUUUCUUUUUCUUGCCGAUUUCUUGUUUUCUUCGUUUCCUUGUUCUUCUUCUUCUCUCUCUUUCUUUCUCUCUUAGGAUACAUAUCAAUCAUUUUUCAUCCCUUAUCUUCGUAUUUUUGUCCUCCUCCUCCUCCUCUUCCUCUUUAUCAGGAUACAUAUCACAUCCUUUAUCCUUCUUCCCCUCCUUCCUUUAUCCCUUUCCCGUUCCUUUUAUCCAAUUUCUCUGUGUCUCUUAUCCUUAUUUUCUUUCUCUUCACCCCUUUCUCCUAUCCUCUUCUUCCUCCUCUUCCUCUCUUUCCCGUGGCUGUCUUAUCUCCUUUCCUAUCUUAUCUUCCUUUUCUUCUUUCCUUCCGUGGCUCAGAAUAUCUUUUUCUUCCCCUAUUCCCAUCUUUAUUGUCCUCUUCUUCCUCUCUUCCUCUUCUCUCUUUCUUCUUCCGUGGCUCAGAAAUUUCUACUUCUUUCUCUCUUAUUCCUGUUCUUCGUCUUUUUUCUCUUCCUCACUUUUUUUCCCGUGGCUCAGAAUUCUCUUUUCCUCCUCUCUGAUUCCUGUUCUUCAUCUUUUUCCUCCUCUUCCUCUUCUAUUCCGUGGCUCCGUAUCCGUUUUUUCCUCUCCUUGUUCCCUUUUCUUAUCCCACCCUUCAUUUUCCUCCCUUUCCCUCCUUUCCAUUCCCUUCCUUUCCUUUCUUUCCCUCCCUUCCUCCCCUCCUGGCUCGUUCCCAUUCUGUCAAAUACGUCUCCCUCCCUCCUUCUCUCUCUCUCCCUUCCUCUCUCCCUCUCUCCUCCACUCCCCGUGUCGCGCUGGCCAUGUCACGGGGAGUCUCCAGUGUCCUUGUUGUAAGCAUCGUUGCCAGACAAAAAUUCUUCCCUUCGUCAGUAGUCCACCCCACUUGAAGAACCUUGCGGAACCGAGGACCCUUUUGCGGCACUUCCUUCAGCGUCUUGACCGCCGCAAAGGGUGUCCGAUCCCCCGUAUGGUCUUUAUGUACUUGUAUCUGGCUACUGAGGAAGGGAAUGGACUUGGAAGUGACAGAUAUGGGCCGUACGUCGCUCCUAAGUCACCGUGAGGGGGAGAACCGAGGCGCGUCAGCUGUUCUCAGUAAUACGGUCAUUCCCUUAUACAACCGCCCCGUUCCUCCUCCUCCUCCUCCUCUUCCUCCUCCUCCUCCUGAUCGUCCUCCUCUUCCUCCUCCUCCUCUCCGCAUCACACCACACCUCACCUCACUGUACCGGGGAUCGAGUAUGUGUCAAUAAUAAACUCUAAAGAAUAACAAGGUAAAGGUUAAUGGUACUUCAAGGGACCUCUACUGCAUUCAUUCUGUAAGGUAUUUAAUUAUUAAAUCCUACACUAAGA